UAUGUAACCGGUGAACUCGGAGUGUGUUAACCGUCACUUCGGUGGAAAUAUGAGUCUUUGAAAACAUCACAACACGUUUGUUCGUUUGUUUCUUCGAACGUUCGUUUGUUCGGCGGGAAAACGGGACAGUCUUGUUUAUGAAGAGUGACCGUUAGAACGUUCGUGCUCUGCCGUAGUUUCGACAUCUGUUGAAACACGAAGAGACAAAGCUGUCAGUUAAAGAAGGUCAACCUCAUGUGAUUGGGUCGCUCAUGCCGAUCGUUGCCGCGCCAGGCGACGACGUCAUACUGCCAUGUCACCUGGAACCUUUCAUGAACGUUGAGGCACUGACGGUGGAGUGGUCGAAGCCCGAUCUGAAGCCAGACCCCUUGGAUAGGCUCAGUCGGGUCGAGUAUGUGCAUCUCUACAGGGACCGCCGGGAAGUUCCAGACAUGAAGAUCCAGUCGUACGUCAAGAGGACAGCAUUGUUCACAGAUCGCCUGAAACAUGGGAACAUAUCGCUCAAAAUUCUGAAUGUGACAGUGGAAGAUGAAGGAAGAUACAAGUGUUUCAUCCCAAAGUUAAACAGCCCCUUUAAGGAUUCAAUUGUUCAGCUUGUUGUAGAUCCAAACUUAAAAGAAACAACAACGACAGAGACAACACUUCAUCCCAGAACUCUCCAGCCUCCAGAGCCAAAGAAUGAGACAAAUCUUACAGGUGGUCGGUCCCAUCUGGCUCUGCUCUUAGUGGCAGUUUUCUGGGUCGUACUAGUCCUGGGUGGUGGAGUUGGUGGAUAUUUAUUUCAUAGACACAAGCAUCAUCAACAAAACCUUGUGAAGUAUGAUGCUGCCUCACAUACAAUCUAGGUGCCUUGCUUGAAGGCACGUUGAGAGUCGAUGUUAACGGAGAUGAGAGUGUGGAUCUCCAAUGAGAUCUUCACGAUGGAUGCAGAUCAUCAUUGCAAAGCAUGUAGGCGUGAGCUUUGUAACCAGGCGACAUCUGAUGGGGUUUAAACGGAGAUGACUUCAAUAGGUGGAAAACACCCAUACAUACUCCGUGGUCACCUGCGGAACAAGCUGGAUUUCUGCAGCAACAUGCUGGCGGUCCACCAGUUUGUUGUGGACAGUACUGUCUCAUUGGCCGGGACAAUAUGUCAAUAAGGGAAAAUUGUCCUUCAUUUUUUAUACAAUGGUUGUUGAACUUUUGGCCUUGCUACUGGCUUUUAUUGUUUUUAAUCAAUCAUUGUAAGGUCUAUAUACCUCCGUUUUGAAGUACAUAUUUGUUGUUGCGGUCUCAGGCUGACACAGAAAAAUGAAUGCAUGCUUUUAUCACCUCAAGGCUUGACUACUGUAAUGCUAGUCUUCCAAAAAACAACUGUAGGCCACGUACAACUUGUUUAGAACGCAGCAGUGUCGACAAAGACCAGACAGUGAGCUUGGCUGGUCUCAGAUCCUCUGCAGAUGGAUUCCUGAACCCCAACUUAAAACACGGAGACAGUCCGCCUUCAGUCAAAGUGGCACUUUGUGGUCUCUGGGCUUAAAAAACC